AUGAUAAAGGCAGCCAUCAACCGAAUCAGAAAUCGUUUUCUGAAGCCAGUCACAAACUCUGGCUCAGAUAAGUACAACAUUGUUACCGAGGGCAAAGGACACAUUUUGUUUCCAGAGAAAGAGACCGUAUUCUACAAUCCCAUUCAACAGUUCAAUAGGGAUCUCAGUGUAACGUGCAUCAAGGCCUGGGAUAAUCUUUACGGACAGACUAAGCAGGACAAGAACAGAACGAGAAAACAUGGCAAGAAGCGAGGUGCUGAUGACUCCCACGAGGUGCUUAAAAAGCGUAAACUUCAAGAUGGCAGCAGUGAAACUGCUAGAAAGCCUGACAAACCUUACAUCAAAAUUCUAGAAGCUCUUUCCGCUACUGGUCUUCGUGCCAUCAGGUAUGCCCAGGAAAUCCCGAACGCAAGAGAAAUUGUUGCCAAUGAUCUGCUUCCCGCAGCAGUUGAAUCCAUCCAAAGAAACGUGGACUACAACGGGGUAGGUCACAUUGUGAAGCCUAAUAUAGACGAUGCCAACGUCUUGAUGUAUCGCAACAAAGCUUCGCACAAGAAAUAUCACGUCAUCGACCUCGAUCCAUACGGGACUGUGACCCCGUUCGUUGAUGCUGCGUUGCAGAAUGUGGAAGACGACGGAUUGAUGCUAGUAACAUGUACCGAUCUGUCGGUUCUUGCCGGUAAUGGCUACCCAGAAAAGUGCUUUGCGCUUUAUGGGGGUGUCAACAUGGCAGGGCACGAUGCUACACAUGAGAGUGCACUGAGGUUGGUUCUCCAUUUGCUGGGUCAGAGUGCCGCAAAAUAUCGGAAGAGUAUCGAGCCAGUAUUGUCGCUGAGUAUCGAUUUCUACGUACGUGUCUUUGUGAAGGUCAAGACCAACCCGCUUAAGGUUAAAAACUUGCAAAAUAAUUCCAUGAUAACCUAUAUGUGCAGCGGAUGUGGAGCUUAUCACAACCAGAAGCUGGGCCGUCAGAGUGAGCGUGAAACCAAAAAAGGCAAGAAGUUUCUGAAAUAUUCGUUGGCCCAGGGUCCUCCUGUGGACCGGAGAUGUCCCUACUGUGGAGGUGCGCACCACUUGGCAGGUCCCAUGUACGCAGGGCCUCUGCACAACAAAGAAUUCAUCAAUGAAGUUUUAAGAAUCAACAGAGAAGAGCACACCGAUGAGGUCUACAAGACCCGCAAGAGAAUCGAGGGUAUGUUGACUCUGGCGAAGAACGAGUUGGAAGCACCAUUCUAUUUCACACCCAAUCGCGUGUCAUCUGUUCUAAAAUUCCAGGUGCCAAGUUUGAAGACUGUGGUUGCGGGGCUGGGCUCUUUAGGCUUUGAAUGUUCUUUGACUCACGCACAGCCAUCUUCUUUGAAAACCAAUGCUCCUUGGGAAGCGAUAUGGUAUGUGAUGAGACGCUACUGUGAGGAUAACAAGCUGUGCAAUUUGGAGAAGAUGAAUCCUAAUUCGUUUGGCUACAAAAUCCUGACCAACGACGCAGUUGUUAACCGCAGCGAAUACGACGGUAAAUUGAGCUUCGACGAAAACGAACAUAGUGGUAACGUAGAGAAGUUGCGGAAGCUAAAAAUUGUUCGCUAUCAAGAGAAUCCCUCUCGAAACUGGGGACCAAAAGCACGGCCUACUUAA